GAAUCAAACAACUUGACCUUCGUGUUGCUUAUUUCCUAUCAAAAGUUGAUAUAGCUUGUAUUGUAUUACUUUGUUGAAGAGAAUAAUCAUCGCCCAAGCAGCAUCAGCGUUUGACAGUUCCCGGUGAACACAUAUCUAUGGAUAAAACGCAUGUCACUAGAGUGCAGUGUGGCUAGAUUUGAAAUCCAGCUCCUUUUGAUGACCUGUCGUAUGUCAAAACAAGUUCAAAGGACCAGUUCCAGGAGAUGAACCGUGGAGACGUUAGAGUUGGCAAUACUGGAAUUUACACAAGCCAUUUCACGGUGCGGAACAAAUUAUACACAGUUUCAGAAUAAUAAAAAACAACUGAAGAUGAGAAAAUAAAAUAAGAUUUAAUGACAGCAAAGAUGCGUAUUUUGGUUAUCGGAGCUGGUGUGUCUGGUCUGACAGCUAUUAAAGCUUGCAAAGAAGAAAAUUUCGAUGUGGUCUGCUAUGAAAAAACUGGAGAAUUCGGUGGACUUUGGAGGUAUCAUGAUAGUGAUGUGGAUGGUUUACCGUCAGUUAUGAAAUCAACCAUCAGCAAUUCCAGCAAGGAAAUGUCAUCUUUUAGUGACUUUCCGCCUUCCAGCAGUUUUCCUACUUAUAUGCAUCAUUCAACAGUUCUCAAAUAUUUGGAAAUGUACGCAGAACACUUCGGUUUAUUGGGUCAUAUUACUUAUUACCAAGAGGUUGUAGAGUUAAUACCUGCAGAAGAUUAUGGCACAACUGGCAGAUGGGUAGUAAAAAUUAGAGACCUACACACGAAUGAAAGCAGAGAAGAAACUUUCGAUGGUGUUAUGGCAUGCAUUGGACAUCAUGCGUAUCCUUAUACGCCUUCAUAUUCAAAUAUGGAUUUGUUUUCCGGAAGAAUUAUGCACAGCCACACUUAUAAAACAUUUACUGGCAUGGAAGAUAAAUCAGUGCUCGUAGUUGGUGCUGGAAACUCAGGUGCUGAUAUUGCUGCUGAAAUUUCUAAUGUAGCUAAAAAGGUCUAUCUAAGCACCAGAAGAGGAAGUUGGAUUUUCCCCCGACUUUUUGAGAAAGGAAAACCGAUGGACAUUUGCUUGUAUCGCAGGUAUAAAGUUCUAAUGCCUGCAAAUUAUUUUGCAAAGGAUAUAGAAAAAACUCUGACUGAAAAAAUGGAUCAUAAACGAUUUGGUAUCAAACCAUAUCAUCCUGUCACAAGCCAACAUCCAACAAUAAAUGAUGAAAUACAAGCCAAACUGUUGACGGGAAUGGUUACUGUCAAACGAGAUAUUAAAGAAUUUUCAGAAACUGGAGUAAUUUUCGUUGACGAGGAAGAGACAACGCCUAUUGAUGUAGUUAUAUUUGCAACAGGAUAUCAAGUCAAAUUUCCUUUCCUCAGCGAUGACAUCUUACGAGUAGGAAAGAACAACAAAGUAUUUUUAUAUAAAAACGUAUUUCCACCUCAACUCAAGCAUCACACUUUAGGUGUCAUAGGCUUGAUUCAACCGUCUGGAUCCCUUUUCCCAAUAUUUGAAAUGCAGACGAGGUGGUUUGUGGCCUUAAUGGCAGGAAAAUGUCGCCUACCUUCGACAGAGACAAUGCUACAAGAUGUGAAGAAAACAGAAGGUUUUAGAGUUAGAAAUUUUGUACAAUCACCCCGACAUUCAGUGGAGGUUGCAUGGUUACCAUAUAUAGAUGAAAUUGCGGAAAUGUUUGGAGCAAAACCUCAUAUGGCAGCAUUAUUUGUAAAAGAUCCAAAAUUAUUUAAAGCUUGCUUCUUUGGCCCUUGCUUACCAUAUCAAUUUAGACUCAAUGGACCACAUAAAUGGGAUGGUGCUAGAGAUGCUAUUUUGAAUUAUAAAGACAGAAUGUAUGAACAUUUGAAAACUGGAUGAGAAAAAUAAUCAAAGGGAAGACUUUUGUUUUGAAUAUUUUUGCCGUUUGUUUUUAUUUUAUGAGCAUCUGUGAAAUGCAUUGUGAAAAUUUUAUUAAAACAUGUAUUUUAAGUAUAUUUAGGACUGCGUUAAUUGUUUUAAAUAAUUUUUACAAUUUUAAGAUUCCAAAUCCAUGAACUUGAUAAUCCAAUAUACUGUUAAUUUCAGCUGCAAUUUUUUUGUUUGUUUAUUUGUUCAAUGCAUGUCGUCAUCUUCACUAUGUAUUUCUAUUUUACCAUAAUUCUUAUCAACAAAGACUUUUAUUGCAAAAUAAGCAAAA